AUGGCCGAUCGCGUCGAUAGAGAAACUGGCGGAUUUGAAGCUGAAUUUCUUGUGCCGUUACCAGAAGAAUACGAAUGUCCAAUUUGUCAACUAGCGUUUCGCGACCCUGUUCAAAUCGAAGACUGUGGUCACAGAUUUUGCCAGUCUUGUCUUCAAGAGCUAAAACGAAGGUAGAGAAUAUCUUUUUAUACGAUAUAUCCUUGUUCAUGUUUGCAUGGUUCCAAAAAUGUUAAUGUUUUGAAUUCAAAACCGCCAAAUUGUGUGUAGUAAAUAAAAGCACGAACGUGGAAGCGCGUAAUUAUGCUUGAAAAUGGAAUCGAGGAUGAUUUUAUGGAAAUUCUCAAUUGGCGUUGUUUUUAUAUCUUACUGUUAGAAUGGUGAAAAUUGGAUUAAUCUCUGAUAUGCGCCGUUUUAAGAUAUUAAAUUCACUUUCACUGACAUAUGUUUUCCAUGUUUUUAUUUUACGUAAAAUCAAGGCAGGGAAGUCCUUGUUUAUGCCCGUUGGACAGAAAACCUAUAUCAUCCUCUAAGGUAAUGUAUAACCUUAGCAAAAGUUGAAACCGGCUGAGUUUUGUUGUAUAAUUUGUUUAACUUUUGUUUCUGCGAUUUUUUUGUCUCUCCAUCAUACUCAAACUUCAAUGGUAACGUCUGCAAAGCGCUUAAAUUGUGUUACUUUCCAAUCGAUCACAGUUUAAGUUUUGAAUUAUGAAGAUUCACCGGUUUUUUUAUACAGUCUAUAAAAAAAUAAAGUUAACUGUUAUCUGAUUUUCGCGAUUUUUGAGCAGGUCAAUUUUGGACCAAAUGCCCGCUAGCGGGAAUAGUUUAAUCUGAAUAUUCUGAUAAGCUUUGUAUAGACACAUCAUUUAGCAACCGCAAGCUUAAUAUUCAAUUCAUAUUUCUGAAAAAUUCUGACCUGAACUGAGGGCGGAAGAAUUUAUGUCAGCAGUAUAUUAGAAAUCUAGAAAGAUUUGUGAGUAACGACUUAGCAAGAAGAAAAAUAUAGCAGGCAAUUUCGAUGCCUCUGUGAAUUUGUUCUCAGUUCUUUGAUAAAUAGCUCUGUAUGGUUUUUACGGGCUUAGAGCCUGAUACAUAUCUAACCUAUUUCGCGGGAUUCUACUGCUUUGGCUUACUAUACGUGGAUCUGGACAAAUAACUAUAAAACGAAAAGUUUUAAAAUCGAAGAAGCGAGAUCCACUCUUUACCCAAAGGAAGCGUCGACGAUUCUACCCUCGAUAACCUCUUCGCAGUGCUAUAAACGGGGUAUAAUUUUGAUGAAAUUAAAACCACUUCGAUAGUUUUUUUUUAUUGAGAGCCAAAGAAACCAUAUUGAUUUAUUUUGGUUUAGUUCGUAACUUGAUGUGUUGUUUACUUGCAAUCAAAGAGAAUAUUUUUUUUCCCAUUUAUUUACUCUUUCUUUCAUUAUUUCUACAGAUUUUUGUCGACAAGGCAGCCAAACGUGCUGUACUGUCUCUUGGCGUUAAAUGUGUGAACUGGAAAAGAAAGUGUGAUUGGACGGGGGAUUUGAUAUAUGUUGAGGUAAGCGGACUACACACGUCCUGACUUUAUCCUCUGUAAGUGCGAAAUUAAGUCUCCUAUUUGCAUGAAGCGUGAAGUAAUUAUAUUCUUGCAAAGUACUGUCAAUACGCUUUAAACUUACCCGUGUUAUUUUCAGUCGCACUUGAAAAGAGAUCAGAUCAGACGAGAUCUGCGUUUUUUAUAAUGCUAUGUUUACAGGUAAAGCAGAUGCUUGGCGUUCGAAAUCACGUGACUAAUGACUUAAGCUCUUUCAGUUUCAGAUUUCCUUUGUUAUUCUUUGUUGCAAUUAUAGCGUGUUUGAAUAAUGUUUCAAAGAAAUGAACACACCGAUGUGAUUAAUCUUUUGUUAUAGAACAAACAUCAAUGAAAGCUUAUGAUCUGUUCUCAAAAAUAUAAUCGAAGCUAGCAUGCUGUAGAGAACACAAGAUCAAUUUCAUUCGUGAAAAAGAUCAAUUUUUAAUGCCUUGCAAUAAACUGGCUGUUUAAAUAUCGACCAAAGAUUACACUUCGAGGGCGUGAACAUGUAUGAAUUUUCUUCUUUUGUGUUUCUCAGUCUGACCAAGAAGCUGAAAAAGUAAACUUAUUUUAUCCAGAGGAAGUGUCUUAUUUACAUUAGUUGGCAAAAUCUCGUUUGCCCUUGACACGGUUUCCUUUAAAAAUAGAUUUGCUUUGUUUAAUUGUCAGUUCAACUCUACGAUUUCUGUGUAAAGCAAACAACUCUCUUAUACCCAAAAAAUAUCUUAAACACAAACAGAAGCAAUGUACUUAGAUAAGAGAUCGUGACUCCCUGCCAAACAAAACUUCGGAUUCUUGAGAGAGAUUCGAGGUAAACGCCGUCUAAUUCCUGUACUGUUCGAGUUGUUUCAUUGUUCACUUUUUUUUUUUUGUAAGUAAGCAGACGAAAACGGUAGACGCGAGUAGAACUCGUGCACACCAAAACAAAAGCUUACAACCAAGUCAAAGAGAAACGUACAAGGCGCUCUAUUACCUAAAAUUUAUAAAAUACCCAACGGACAAAAAAUUUUUUCUUUAGGUAGACUUUUCCUUUGGUAUGUGUUAAAUAUUAAAUGAGCCAACCAUUAGAAACAGCGUUGAUCAGCAGGAAAAAAAAUUUCAUUAAAAAGGUGGACAUCGUAAAAAUGUUACAACUUAAGUUGAGAUCUGCUCUCUUCACUUGAGGAUAUUCUCAUAGCACGUGUCUAGCCAUAGAAACAAGCAAUUCGAUACAACAAAUUAUGUUUGGCCUGAUGAAGAGUUCUUUUGCAUGGUUGUCAUCCAUUUUCGGGCGAUUCAUCUGAUCUGACCAUUUAUUUUUCGUAUUCUUGGUUGGAAUCAUCCCCAAUUGCGUCAAUCUUUGCGUGAGUCUGUGUCGUUUUUUAGGUUGGAGUUAGUCCAAGGAAGUUGACAGUUCUUUUACUCCUCUACUUUUUUGUAUCUCUGUUGUAAUCGUUCCAAAAUCAUAUCAAUAUUCCUCUGCUUUUCUUGCGAACUCUAUGCAAUACUGAACUGAUCUCUUAGUGAAAUUUGAUGAGUCUUUACUAUGCUUCGUUUGCAUCUAGAUCUUACACUGGUAAGCAUUACUUAAAUGGUAAACCCAGCAAAAAACAUUGUUUAUUACGCAUUCCUCUACUGGUCAAGUCAUUCUCUUAUCUGUCUUUUAUGUUAUUUCAGACUAUUUUAGUUUGCAGUCGUUAAUUCUUCUUUUAAUUCAGUGAAACUCAAAAGAAAAGAGGCCAUGAGUUUUAAGUUUGAUUACCAGAGUAAACGUCCAUAGCUUUCCGAUCAUUCAUUGUUUUGGGUUCUUUUGAAAGCCUAAACUUCAUUUCUACUUGUUUGGCAACCCUCAUCCUCGAUAAACGUUCUUAAUGCCAAAAAUUCAUAAUUAGGUAACGAACUGAUGAAAACGAAGCUAACGACGAUCAGUCAAUAGAAAAUAUCAUGUGCUUUCCAGUUCCCAGCUGAACAGACUAAAGUGUUCACUUGUAGGAUUUAUUUAUCGUUUAAAACUCGUGUCUGUCUAGAUACACGAUCAACUAGAGAGAAAGAUUUGCAUGACAAGGCCACUCCCAGCUAGGCGAAGACCUUAGUGAGCAGGCUAAAUACAAAACCUUUUUUGUGUGAAAAAGAGUUUUAUUGCAUUAGAACUCUAAAAAAUCGUUUUCAUAUCAAUAGCUUCCCAUUUAGCCUCGCCUUGAAACAGAGGCUUGGGGCGACUUGGAAAUAGCCUAUUCGCUGGUUAUUUAUUAAAUAUGACAAACCAGGAGUCCAUAACCCGGCAAGAGAGACUUCUACAUACUCGCGUCACAGCGUUUUCACUGGACAGUUUAUUUUUAGAACGAUUAUGCGCGAAUCUAGAACAUCUUUUAUUCCCCACAAACCAGUUAGUAAAAACCUCCAGUCCUAUAAAUAGUAUUUGUGACCUUUUAAUAACGCUUUGUUUUACUUUUUCAUAUCUUAUAAUUUGAAUGUACUUAUAGAAGGAGCGGAGCUUCCUUUCCGAGGGAAAAAGAGCUCUCUAAUGUAUCUAAAAAUAAACCAGUCAAUGAAAACUUCGUGACAUUAGCCUGCUUAAUAGGCGUUAUUUUCUGGCGUUUUUCAGGCGUGCGAAAGCGAGCAAGGAAACCUAGUAUGGAAGUUACUCGCUUCGGGUUAUGGGCUCCAAUGUCUCCUACGCGAACUCAUGCAAGACUACAAGGCGAACAUUUUUAUUUAACAAUUUGUUUCAAUUUUGUUGUUUUUGCAGGAGCAUAUGAAAAACUGUGCAUAUGAAGAUGUACAUUGUACAAAUCCUGAGUGCAAUGAAGUAAUGCCUCGCCGCGCCUUACAGUACCAUUUAGUGUCAAAGUGCCGCUGGAGGGUGGUGUCGUGUCANUUUUUGUGUGAAAAAGAGUUUUAUUGCAUUAGAACUCUAGAAAUUCGUUUUCAUAUCAAUAGCUUCCCAUUUAGCCUCGCCUUGAAACAGAGGCUUGGAGCGACUUGGAAAUAGCCUAUUCGCUGGUUAUUUAUUAAAUAUGACAAACCAGGAGCCCAUAACCCGGCAAGAGAGACUUCUACAUACUCGCGUCACAGCGUUUUCACCGGCCAGUUUAUUUUUAGAACGAUUAUGCGCGAAUUUAGAACAUCUUUUAUUCCCCACAAACCAGUUAGUAAAAACCUCCAGACCUAUAAUGGGAAUUUGUGACCUUUUAAUGACGCUUUGUUUUACUUUUUCAUAUCUUAUAAUUUGAAUGUACUUAUAGAAGGAGCGGAGCUUCCUUUCUGAGGGAAAAAGAGCUCUCUAAUGUAUCUAAAAAUAAACCAGUCAAUGAAAACUUCGUGACUUUAGCCUGCUUAAUAGGCGUUAUUUUCUGGCGUUUUUCAGGCGUGCGAAAGCGAGCAAGGAGGCCUAGUAUGGAAGUUACUCGUUACGGGUUAUGGGCUCCUCUGCCUCCUACGCGAACUCAUGCAAGUCUACACGGCGAACAUUUUUAUUUGACAAUUUGUUGCAAUGUUGUUGUUUUUGCAGGAGCAUAUGAAAAACUGUGCAUAUGAAGAUGUACAUUGUACAAAUCCUGAGUGCAAUGAAGUAAUGCCUCGCCGCGCCUUACAGUACCAUUUAGUGUCAAAGUGCCGCUGGAGGGUGGUGUCGUGUCAUUUUUGCGCUGAGAUGUACACAUACAAGGACAGUAAGGUAACGUCUAAACAGCUCAGAACCCUUUACGGUGACUUCCCAGGCCUUCUCGGUCAAUGUAUUUCGGCGACGUAUCCGAGACGAACAGCCCGAAACGCGAAACGCACCCAGCGGUCGCGUAGAAUAUUGAGGCGUAGGGACUAGGUAACUCAGAACCUUGAAUUUUAGUUUUUUGGGGAAGGAUUGAUUCUCUCAUGCAUUACAGCCUUGAAGCGCGUUUGGAAGUGGUUAAUUCAAUAAUUAUUCUCUUAGCCUGCAAGCCAGUUGUCCAUUUAGGGGAUAUCGCGAGAAAACACGUGUGAGCGGCGCGCGAAAGAAGACUUAAGAGCAACGAGCUUUGCCGCUCGCUCGCAGGCUAUUAUCCUCUUUAUAAUACAAUUGAUUCCCUUCAUGGCGAACGUUCUGUGAGCACCCGGCCACUCUUGUGUCAGGUAAACAUCAGCUUUUUGACGGGCAUUUUCGUCCGCGUAAUGCAAAGCCCGUAUGAUAAGAGGUCAUGGUCUUUGACAGUUUUUCCUUUAUCGCACAGUUUUUCUAACGUAGAUUGUCGGCGAGGGAUUCCAAAACUGCGUUUAAGUGAAAAAAUAUCUCAAGCAAUUUCUCUGAAAGAUGGUCGUUGAACGAGGUGAUAGGUUAUGGCAUUCGAAGGACAAACGGGAAACUGUGGUAUUGCAGCGCGACGCGUAAGAAAAAAAAAACUGUCUCGUACCUAACUUAAUUUAAUAAGGAACAAAGUGACCACAACAAAGGACCCACAAAGUGGAUUUAGGCGCUCUUCGACAGGGCUCUCUCGUGCAAAAAAACCUUACUUUUGUCCCUUACGUUAAGUGGCUAGUGUGUCACUUAUAAAGCUCUUACAAAACUCGUUGAUAUUCGGGCAGAAGAAUAGAUGCAUGCUUGCCAAAAUGUUACUUUCUGAUUAGUGUGUAAGAAGGCCAGUAAGAACUAAAUACUUUCUUGCGGGCGACAGAAGGAGCCCGCAAUUGUAAUUUCCAGGUUGCCCUAUGCUUGCGGCAGGUAUGUAGCAUGCAUUCGUUUGGACUUCCUCUAAGAAUAUACGAUGUAAGCUCGACAUUAAAGAAUGAAAUGCAUUAAACGCAAUCGGAUUACGCGCGUUUGGACCUUUUCUCACUUGAAACUUACGCAAAGGACCAGGAUUGGAGAAAGAGCGUGAAACGCGCCCGCAGUCCCUAACCUUUGGUUAUUACUACAGUUCAUAAAAAAUCCUUUCUGUUGUUUCCAUUGCAGCUUCACAUGAAAGUAUGUAAGAGAAUUCCUUUAGAAUGUGUAAACAAGUGCGGUGCCAAGGAUAUUCCUCGAGAAGAGGCGAGUUAUAGUGAGAAUAGAUUGCCUAAUGUGCAGGUGUGCAUGAUUACGAAGGCAGUAGAAAAAGGAAAGGCGGGAUCUGCAUUUGAAUAUGUACAAAGAAAUUUACGUUACAUAGAUGUUAAUGUGUUCGUAGCGGGGAUGGCACAGACGACCAGUGGCGCAGUAUUAGGCUGGCUUUCUGAUCGAACUCUAUCAUCGUACAGUCUAUGGAGACUGACGAGACUGGGCACAAGCCGGCCGGCACAUGGCACAUCAGAAGGGUAUACGUUGGCCCUGCAAAACCGUUAAGCAGCUAAACGAUCCUGCCAGCACAUGCUACACAAAAAUAAUGGACGCGCGGCAAAACGUGUCUCUAAUACUGUGAAAUGUUGGCCAAAUGUUUGAUGGAAAUCGGAACUUUCGUCCAACAAAAAAAAAGUUGGACGGAUGUAAUCUAUCAUGGGUUCUAAUCGGUCUUUUCAUUAUAGGACCAACAAAUGUUAUACAACAGUAAUGGAUCUUCUAGCCGCUUCUUUAGACAUAAAGACAUUGUUUUCUUUCUUUCAGCUUUCAUUUCAUCUAACCGAGUGUCCUUUGGCAAUCCUUCCCUGUUCUUAUCAAGAUAUCGGUUGCACCUUUAAGGUAGAGAGGCAUCUAUUUUCUUAAAUACUUAUGAAUGCAUCCUUUAAAGAAGGAAAUACGACGAAACAUCUCCAUUUUGCAUGGAAUCUUUCCUCUGCUUAUUACUCUAAGUAAAUGACAGUAAACCUGGCAAAAUUGGUGACCCCUCUCUCUCCAACCACAAAAGGGGCCAGUGUGAAUUCCCCUAGGCAACUCAUGACUAAUGUGAUGUCGAGAUAAAACGCAAACGUACACUGCAACAUCAAGUGCUGGAAGAGUUAUUCCUGACAGCUGUUAUUUUCUUUUCGCUGGUUAAAAAUACACUUGUUUGGUUUCACAGCUUUGAGCAUGGUAAAUGCUUUGUAUACUGAACCAGNGUUGGCCCUGCAAAACCGUUAAGCAGCUAAACGAUCCUGCCAGCACAUGCUACACAAAAAUAAUGGACGCGCGGCAAAACGUGUCUCUAAUACUGUGAAAUGUUGGCCAAAUGUUUGAUGGAAAUCGGAACUUUCGUCCAACAAAAAAAAAGUUGGACGGAUGUAAUCUAUCAUGGGUUCUAAUCGGUCUUUUCAUUAUAGGACCAACAAAUGUUAUACAACAGUAAUGGAUCUUCUAGCCGCUUCUUUAGACAUAAAGACAUUGUUUUCUUUCUUUCAGCUUUCAUUUCAUCUAACCGAGUGUCCUUUGGCAAUCCUUCCCUGUUCUUAUCAAGAUAUCGGUUGCACCUUUAAGGUAGAGAGGCAUCUAUUUUCUUAAAUACUUAUGAAUGCAUCCUUUAAAGAAGGAAAUACGACGAAACAUCUCCAUUUUGCAUGGAAUCUUUCCUCUGCUUAUUACUCUAAGUAAAUGACAGUAAACCUGGCAAAAUUGGUGACCCCUCUCUCUCCAACCACAAAAGGGGCCAGUGUGAAUUCCCCUAGGCAACUCAUGACUAAUGUGAUGUCGAGAUAAAACGCAAACGUACACUGCAACAUCAAGUGCUGGAAGAGUUAUUCCUGACAGCUGUUAUUUUCUUUUCGCUGGUUAAAAAUACACUUGUUUGGUUUCACAGCUUUGAGCAUGGUAAAUGCUUUGUAUACUGAACCAGCUGCAAAUCAGUGUCAAUAGGUAAAAAAAAAAAAAUACUAAUAUAACAUGCAUAUGGCCCAUAGGGUCCACUGUGUUGUAUUUGCAUACUUCUCACGUCAAAUACAGUUUUUGCGCGUGGCAGUUACUAUUUCUUUGACCUUUUUAAAGUUGUUGUAUUUCCUUUCCAACUCAUUUCAGGGGAAACGAGAUACGCUUGACGACCACACGAAAACCGCGGUACACACCCAUCUUGGUCUGGCAAUGCAGAAAAUCCGCGACAAUGAGAGUCGUAGUACUUGCACCAAUGGAGUAUUCAUCUGGAGAAUUAGUAACUACAAACAACAGUAUGAGCAGGCUCUUGCCUCGCCAGAGGACCUGGCGAUUUUCAGUCCGCCUUUUUACACUUCACAGUAUGGUUACAAAAUGCGGCUGAAAGCGUACCUUCAUGGGAGAGAUCGCGGGAAAUCCACCCAUCUGUCUCUGUAUAUAAUUAUAAUGAAAGGUGACUAUGAUGCUUUACUGGACUGGCCUUUCAAACAGAAGAUAACGUUUUAUCUUAUCGAUCAAGGUGAACAUAAGAACCAUAGAACACACCAACUUAGUCCUAACCGCUCAUUACCAAAUAUCAAGGUGGUUUUCAAUCGGCCAACCAUGAAGGAAAAUCUCGGGAUUGGAAACCCCUGUUUUGUCCCUCAAGAGGCGCUAGAGACUGGCGAGUUUAUUAAGGACGAUGCUCUGUUUAUCAAGGCAGUUGUCGAGCCUGCAAAGACUUCUACUUGACCUGUGUACAGUUCAACCAAAACUGGAAUGUGUGUAUAGUUCAGCGCCUUGUAAAAAGACUCCGAUUUAGAGCAGAAAGCUCUUCUUGGGAGAUGAUCACUUACUUCUGGCUAAGACGAACACAACAACAAGAUUGUCGCUACUAAAUUCUUCCUGCUUUGAAAACAAGUAACGCCCAAAGCAACACAAUUAGGCCUUCUACACGCGGUAAAACACCCUCUUUAAGUUUAAUGAGUUAAGUUGCAAUUCAUAGCUCGUCUAGAACGAACGUUUUCAGACUUCCUGAUGGCGUUGCUUUAUUAUGAUCACUGUUCAGUCGCCUCACUUUUCUGCUAGCUUGCGUGAAGAAGUUUAGGGCGCAAAAAAGAUCGGCGGCAUUGACCUCGAGGAAGGGGAAAGAGCGUGGACGUGUCCUCUGUUCCGCGCAUCACUUAUCUCGCGCGUCAUUCUUGUGCGCCUGCCUUUUCUGGGUUUCCUAGGCACAUAGUCCCACUCACUAAGUUUGGUUCGUCCCAUAAAAAGUUCGACGUUCAGCCUAGAUUUAACCUCAUGUACAUUACAAUGUCUUAUUUUUAUGCAGUUGUCAUAUCUAUAAUUUCGCAGAACUUCGGUCUCUUGCUAUAAAAGUACCUUUCUUUUUAUAUGAAGGCAAACAUAUUAAUACGAAUGCUCACAUAGAGAGUUUGUUCCUUCCCCAAGCUGCCUGUCGACAGGAUAUGGCUCCGGCCUGAUGGCCACAUUCGAAAGUCCCCUACUAGUAGUGAGCUGUGUACAUGACAUGAAAUUUUAUUUUCCACAAAAUAAUAAAUAUAUAUAAAUAUAUAUAAAUAAAAAAUAAAUGAGCCUGAACCAUUUCAAAAAUAUCA